AUGCCUUCCAACUCACAGUCAUUCCUCUUGGACCCUGAGCGGCCAUCCGGUGCUACUCGAUACGCCCAUGCACGCGUGGUGCCACCAUCCGCAAACCAUACUAUAUAUGUUUCUGGAAUUGCUGCGGUGAAACCCGACGGAACAUAUGAAGGUGUCACUCAAAAUGCAGACGGCACCUUUAAGGCGGAUGUUCGAGAACAAACAGCCGCUGUCCUACGUCGAAUCGAGAGCAUCAUCAAGGGAGCCUCUAAUGGAAAGGCGGAUCUGUACAAUAUUGUGGACGCGACGGUUUAUGUCCUGGACAUGAAGGAGCACUAUGCCGGUAUGAAUGAGGAAUGGAACAAAAUCUGGUCAGACCGUGCCAGUGCUCCGACACGCGCGACGGUUGGGGUUCGAGAGCUGCCGGAUCCGCGGUUUUUGGUGGAGAUCAAGGCAACAGCCAUUUUUGAAGUGUAA